AGCCAGCCCGUCCGCUCCGGACGGAGUUGCGGCUGCCCUUCCCCUGGCGUCACGUGAACGACAGGCCCCGCCCCCGUGGCGCAGCCUCCGCCAUGUUGUUUUUUUCUCCUCCGAAGCGGCCCCUCCCCCACCACCCCUGGCACCUUUGCGAACGGCGGCUGCGGGUGACUCGGAGAGCCUCGUCUUCGCCCCUCGCCGCCUUCGUGGUAGGUAGGUGGGCGCGAGCGAGCGCCGGGCCCCUUUCCUCCGGGCGGCGGGCGGAAAGGAGGAGGAGGAGGAAGGCGGUCUCCGUUGGCUUUCGGGGGGACACGGGGGGCUUUACGGGACCGGGCAAGCUGGGCUAGCAGCCGGUUCAUGCCUUGCUUGCUGGGGAGGGAUGCUGUAGGGCUGCCCUGGUUCUGCUUCUUGGCUUUUGGGUGGCUGGGGUUCCCCUUGUCGCAAAAAAGGGAGCCGGCGACUCCCCCCUCCCCCCAAAAAAGAGUGGUUGUUUUGCAGGGUAAGUAAGCCGAGUUUAAAUCGCUUCCUCAGGCUACCCAGCCGUGCAAUGGGUGUAUAUAUAUGUUUCAUUGAUUUUAAGCCCGCGGUAGGACUGCGGUACCAGAGAGGGGGCGUUGUUGUUUUGUGGGGUGGUGUCAGGGUCCGCACCUUUCGCCAUGGGCUCGUUUCCUGCGCAGUGACGAGAGAAGCUUUUCCCUAUAGAGGUGCUUCGUGAAACUUCCUCGGAGCAGGAGGAGGAGGGGGGCUGGGGUCUCAGGCGGCUGAUGCUGCCCGCCUGUUUUCCUGCCUGACUUGCAAAAGGUGGCGUGAUUAAAGAUCCCGUGAUGGAGAGGCAGGCGGCGGCGGUUCGCUUGAGAAAUAGCUGCUCUUCUAUACUUAUCGGCUGGCACAUGACCAGUUUCUCCCUAGGGCAGUUUCUCAGAACUGAUUAAAGUCACUGGACUGCUCAAAGGACAGCUCCGCUUCUUAUGUAUGUCCCCUUUGUCUGCCUUCAUUUUUUUCUGGCGCUUUUCAUGUGGAAAAUCCCCAUACCUUCCCAUUUGAGGAUGAUGUAUGAUACCAUUUACUUGGCUGCUCGUCUGGUUUUUUGUGAACAAACUCUUCCUACCUGUGCAUGAAAACAAAGAGCUUUUGCUUUAUGCUUAUCCAGUGCCAAUUGAGAUGAAGUACUGGGUCUAUCUAGCUGUGUGGCAAAUAACUGCUGUGGGUUGGUUUAAAACUGUUAAGAAUUUUUUGGUUGUUUCUGUUAUAUGGAAGAACAGGGAAAUGUAGGAUGUUUGUCCUUAGCAAGGAUAAGUGUUUCAAAACAUUUUUUUUCAGAACAUUGCGUAAAAGUAAUUCUUGAUUGUGUUGGAAAGCCACUUGAAUGAAGGUGCAACUUUGUGGUAUGUAAAGGACUACCCUGAGUGCUGCUUAACUUCAAAAUUCUUCAAGACACAAUGGUCUGACUUAAGUUUCUCUAGCCCUGUUUUCUGAGCCUGUAACCGAACAGCUCUGGUUUCCUUGUGUCAGAUUCAUAGUUAUCCUAGGGUGAAGAAGCUUUGUAGAUAAACUUCAUUAUGCCAAAACUUCCAGUGAAGGAUAUUCUACUGUUUUCCUAGGCCGCUUAGUACAUUGCCUCACUGUACCUAGUUAAAAAGUACUUCCUUAUACUUAAGCUAACCUUGCCUGUCUGCAACUUAAAUCUAAAAUUGGAGGGGAAAUAUUUUAUGUCAGCUUCUAAAAAAAUCUCUGAAAAGAUCAAGCUGCCGGUGGGGGGGGGGGAGAUCCCACUUUUAAAUUGCACAAAUCACUAAUGUGGGGUGGAGGUGGGGUGUCAGAAGUCUGACAAACCUAUUGCUAAAGUUGUGUUAUGUUAACACACUCCUGCCAUACAACCAGGAGUGGGGAAAUUGCAGGUGCUUGUUUUCUUGAACACAUGACACUUCAUUCCUGCUGCUUAAAGAAUGUUUAUGAGUGUCUGCAGUAUUCAUUUGUGGAUAGAAUUAGUAUUUGUUUAGUACACUUUUAUCCCACCUUCAUUUCAUCAUGGAACUUAAGGUGUCUUACCAUGGAGUUUCUAGGCACUGACCAGACCCAGAUUUGCCUAGUUUCAGCAAGGUUGCCGUAUCAUCAUUUCCCAGCUGUACAUAUUUUAAAAUUUUAUCUUACAUAUUUAGAAAUUGCCUCACAACCAGAAGCUAUUGAAGUGGCGUACAAUAAGAUAAAGUGAGUUAAAAUACAAGAGAGAGACUCCAAAAAGACUAACCCUAAUUCUACACAAUUGUAGAAUUAAUAUUCCAUAAAAUGACUGAGUCAUUAAAACUUAAACUAAAACAUCUUCAGUUUCCCCCCUAAAUAUCAAGAUGUUGGGCCACUUUCAAAUUUCAGCUGGUUACUGAUUCCACUGGGCUGGAGCUGCAACACCACAGUGUGAGCAGCCAUUGUAAUUUCACCAAUAUUUUUAUUGGAAGCUCUGACUCGUGUAAUUAAGUCAUGAGGAAGGAAAAGGAAUCUGAUAGUAGGCACAAAAGCUAUUAUAGAUAACAUAGAUUUGAAAAAAAUGCUUAAGCCUUUGGGGAAGCUUUGAGGAACAGGUUCUGAUGUGUAAAUGAUUGCAUCAAGUUUUGCUUUAUUUCCCCAGAAGGACAAAAACCUUCUGGUUUUAGAUUUUUAUGGUCCUAUUUUCUGAGUCAGUGAUUAAAUAGCUUUAAAUUCCUGUAAUGUGUGCCAUUUGCUCUCCACAUCUAGUGCGUAUUUAUAGCUGGCCAUGGAUUUUGUGAUAUGGUACAGGUAGUAUAUUGGGCCUUAACUUUCUAGUCCCUCUAACUAGCGCUUCUUGAAUACACAGCUCUUCAGUUUUUAAGUUCCUCUGGAAUAGCUUGAUCCAGACAAGAGGGGGAUGGUGAUGGUGAAUGAGGCCUUGUGAUCUGAUGAGGUAAAGUUACAUGCUGCUGAUAGGAUUUUCUUAUCUAUGAGAGACCAGGCUUGCACCAUGGGAGUCUGUAAAUCCAGCUUUCUUCUCGAAGCAUGACUGGACUGUUUCAAUUAGUGCUAUCAGAUUUGCUUAUCAAGAAAAACACAUAAGCUAUAAUCCUGCACAUGUAUGACUUAAAUUCCUCUUUAACUUCAGUGGGAACUUAGAAACCCAACAGACAUCACUGUUUUAAAUAUUCCUAUACACGCAUGCGUGUUUCUAGCUUUAUUUGGUAUUAAAUUAGACAUUCAUAAAUAAGUGGACCGAAACCCCAGAUCUCACUUUAAAAAGAGUCCAGCACACCUGAUAGCUGGUAUUCUGAAUUUCAAAGUAAUCCUAACCCCUAGCUUUCAGUAGUCAAACAUACUUGUUUACAUACUUUACAGAACAUCUGAAGUACUUUGACUGCCUUUAAAGUAAAUCUCAUUUAACAAAUAAUUUGGUGCUACAGAAUAUAUUGUUAUAAGCCGAAAUUACAAAGCACCCUUGAAGUGAUUUGUAAGUAGUUAGAUUUUUUUUUUUUACCUGGGGAAAAAUAAUAUAGUGGGUUAAAAUAAUAUAGUGGGUUAAAUCCCCCCAACACUGAAUUACCUUUCACACCCCUGCAAAGUGCCUUUCUACUACUUCUUCAUCUGGUUACUUGAACAAAGUUUGAUAAGAGAAGCAAUAAGGCUAUAGACCUGAAACAUGAACAGCCUAAUCCUGUCAUACAGCCUAAUCCUGCCAAUGAUUACUCAAGAAGUACUACAAUUUUAAUUAAACUGAGGCUGCAGUGCUGUGAUUUGGUACAGCUUUCUUUUGGGUAGACAUGUAUAGAUUUGUGUUUUUAUUUCCAGGUAUAUAAUCACUUACAUUAAAAAGGCAUAAGAACUAGACUAUAAAGAAUAAAAUGCUUGGAAUAACAUGAAAACCAUUAGUUUCUUCAGAAAGGUAGAGUGCAAUAUUAAAAAAAAUCUACCCUUAAAGGUAAAAACAUCAGGGUGGUUUACAAAACAUUAAAUGGCUAAAUAUGUAUGAAAUGCAGGUAGUUCAAAUUAUGGCAUUAAAGUAACAUUACAAAUCAAAAUACGAUAUGAUCUGGACUUUGGAGGGGACAGUCUAAUACAUGUAAAUCUGUUGAUGCUUAUGCUAAAAUUCACAUAUUUGCAGUGUGGCAUGUGCUUUAAGUGAAAUUAUAGAGCAGGAGUGGGGCUCCUAUAGUCUUCCAGUUGUAUCAGUCCCCAAAACCAUGGUCAGUGGUAGCAAUGAUGGGAUCUGUAGUUGAGCAACUUCUGGAGGGCCAAAGUUUCCCCACCUGUUGUAGAGACUUGCUCGAACCUUUUUGGUUUAUACUAAGAAGACACUGCUUCAGUUUGUGAUUCUGUCCUCCAUGUCCAGUCUUUUUCAUAUCUGCCUUGCCCUGCACAAAAGCUCAGUAUCUGUGACUGGAUUCCCAAAGCUAUUCAGUGUUGCCUGUGUAGUUGGCAUUACUUUUAUUCCCAAAGUCAGCUCUUAAAAUAACUGCUCCCACAUUUAUUUAUUUUUAUAGAAAAUGCACCUUUACAUUUUUCUGUUCUGUUCUGUUCUGCUCCCCCCAAACCUCAACUUACUAGCAUACAAUGAAAGCAUACCUUGGUUUUCUGCUUCCUCUUUUCCAUCUAGUUAUUCUAAAAAGCAGCACGUGAGCGUUUCACUUCCUCAAAAAAAGGGGGGUUAAGCUUACCAUGAUUACACAAUAACUUAUUAUUUGCCAAGUAAUCUUAAGUGGGGGGGGGGAUAUUCUGUGAUCAAGCUACUGCCACUUCCUAAGCCCUGCUGCGUUGCUCUGCCAGGGGGUUUGGGAGUUUGGCUUUUCUUGUUCUUCUCUAAUUUUGACUUUUUAAAAAAGUUUUCCUCCUAAAAACACAAAUGGGAGGGGAUAUAUAGGGCAUGUUGGUGGAAUGAAAGCUUUUUGGAUCCCUGCAGAUCCAGGGGCUUUUGUGAUCUGCCCACUUUCAAGCUUUCCUACCAGAGAUACACCUCCAAUGUUAUACCUGCACCUACUGAGCUUUCUGUGGGUGUACUAGGUGAUGUAAGUGUUUUCCUGUCUGUAGGCCUCUCCUCCUGAGAUGUAAGUGUUUUCCUGUCUGUAGGCCUCUCCACUGGUAAGAGUUGCACACUACAUCUAAAGGCACCUUUGCUGGUGUACAGCCUUAGUAGUUGUUGAGGUUUUUUAAAGUGCAUGGCAUUACUGUGUCUAAAAGUGAAUACAAUGUCUCUCUUUUUUACAGGUGUUGGAUUACAAUGACUGAACAGUAAGGGUAGCUUAUUUGGUAAGUGUUUCAUAUGCUUGUAAUAUUAGAUGUCUUCUGCAUUUCUAAAAUUUCAAGUACAGGAAAGAUCGAGGGGAGGAGGGUGUAUCAGGAAAUAUGGCAGAAGUGGUUGCUUGGCAGAAUACUGGUAAAUCCCAGAAAUUUCCCUUUAGACAGAUGUUAGGAACUGUUCAUAUUACCACUGUUUUCUGAGAUGCUUCAUGAGGAUCAGGUCAGUUCAAAAGCAGGAUGGAGUUAGUUUAACAGUGGUCAUGGUGGUUGUAAGACGUCUGGGUGAAUGGAGACGAGAGCAAGCCUGAUCUUAUACUGGCAGCCUGGCUGUUAGCAUGCAGUCAGUUUGUAUAGCAUGAUAAUUUCUCAUUCACAGAAUGAUUUUAGUAUAAUUAAAAUCAAUCUACCAUUUGUGACUAAACUUUAGAAAGCAACUAAAGUGCCCUUGAUUUAAUUGCUAACAUUUACAGCAGACCUUUAGCAUAUAGUAGAAGAGCUUUAUCUGUCUAUGUUGUUGCUUACAGUUAUAUUGCAUUUAAAUCUAUCUAUUAUUUUUGAACUGAUUUUAAUGGAUGAAUUUAUGAAUACUGCUAGCCUCAGCUCUUUUGUGAGGAAGGGCCAGUUAUAAUAAAUAAGUAAAUCCCAUAUCAAAUAGAUAUUUGUGUAACAAGUGGGAAUUUCUUUGUAUGAACAAGAUCUGUUCUAUUUUGCAGAACUGGACAUAAGAAAAUAUCUGUUCUUGAAGCAACAAUGUCAGCAAAAUCAACGCUCCUUAAAGUAAUCCUUCUUGGUGAUGGAGGAGUGGGCAAGAGUUCGAUUAUGAACAGAUACGUCACUAACAAGUUUGACACAGAGCUGUUCCACACAAUAGGUGUCGAGUUUUUAAAUAAAGACCUGGAAGUGGAUGGACACUUUGUCACAAUGCAGAUAUGGGACACGGCUGGUCAAGAACGUUUUAGGAGCUUGCGGACUCCUUUCUAUAGAGGUUCUGACUGCUGCCUUCUCACUUUCAGCGUAGAUGACUCUCAGAGCUUCCAGAAUCUGGGCAAUUGGAAGAAAGAAUUCAUUUACUAUGCGGAUGUCAAAGAGCCUGAAACGUUUCCUUUUGUGAUACUGGGAAACAAAGUUGAUAUUAGCGAGAGGCAAGUGUCUACAGAAGAAGUCCAGAACUGGUGCAGGAACAACGGCAACCAUCCUUACUUUGAAACCAGUGCAAAAGAUGCCAUUAAUGUUGCUGCAGCCUUUGAGGAAGCUGUUCGAAGAGUUCUUGCCACUGAUGAUAGGUCAGAUCACUUGAUUCAAACUGAUACAGUAAACCUUCACCGGAAGCCCAAGCCUAGCUCAUCAUGCUGUUGACUAUUUUGUUUUAUUUUCCAGCCAUAUAUAGUUCUAACUUAACUUGAAGUAAUAAUAGAUCAAAUAUGAUUCAGUGGGUGCCACUCUAAUAUAUUAAAACUGUAACAUUCUACUGCUUUAUGUGUCGGCAGAGGAAAGCUUCUUUUCAAUAAGUAGCCUGUUACUAUGUUAGUGGAGUCUGACAUCUGGGAAGGUACCAGCUGAAGAGUUGAUUUAAUUUAAAUGUGUCAUUUGAAAAUUAAUAAAUUAUAUACUAAAACUUGAAAGUUCUAGAAGCACUACUUGGGAGGACUUGUUCUGAAAUUCAGAUGCAGAAUAGAUUUUUUUAUAUGUACAUAUAUAUUUUUAUGAGAUCACCAGCCCAUGUUUUGCUUCACUAAAACCCUUUUUUCAUAAAGCAGUAAUGGUAGGUGAUAGGGUCUUGUUCUAGUUCUCAUCUUUAAAGUGAUUUUUCUUUAAAAAAAUCAAAGCUAAUAUAAAUAUUUUAAGGGCUUUUGCUAUUUGCCUAGUGUCACUGAAUUGCCUGUAGAUUUUAUGUUAGGAAAUAAACCUGCAUACAUGGAGCCUGCCUGGUUGUGUCUUCCUG